AUGCUUGCCCCCCGAGUCUUUCGGCCUGCUACCUCGCUGGUCCGACCUUUCCAUACCUCUGUCCCUUUCUACCGUUCGCCCUCUAUCCGUGACAUCACCCCGGAUUCAGCUGAAGAGUUCAGUGCACGCCAGAAGGAGUUUCGCGAGAACCUGGAAGUAGCUCGCAAGAAGAGAGAGCAGCAAGAGAGUCAGUCAGUCGGUGCUUCUGCUUCCACCUCUGCCAAUGCCCCAUCAUCCCCUGUUGCCCGUGAUCGCCUCCGAGAUGAACACUUGUUAGAGGCCAACCGAUCGCCCAAACGCGGCCCUUUGUCUUCCUUGAUUUACGGCACGAAAGAAGGCCAGCAGCUUGACAAGGACAUUGAACGCUCAUUCUCCCAAGUCCUCGCCCGCGGCAAAUACGUCCACUCCAUUGUCUUCCACGAAGUGAAACCCGACCGAGUAGACGAAUAUGUCGACCUUGUUGGCCAGUGGUACCCUCGAAUGGCCGCCGCAGAAGAGAACCGUGUGAAUCUGGUCGGGAGCUGGCGCACACAAGUCGGGGACAACGAGACUUUUGUCCACAUCUGGGAGUACCAGCGAUAUGAAGGAUAUCACGCCUCGCUUCACAAUAUCUCUCGCCACCCAGAGUUCCCUGCAUUUGACAAGAAACUCAAGAGCUUGAUCAAGAGCAAAAAGACGUCACUGAUGCAAGAGUUUUCGUUCUGGCCGACAACACCUCCACGUCGCCUCGGGGGUCUCUUUGAACUGAGAUCUUAUACUCUUCACCCUGGAAACCUUUUAGAAUGGGAAACUCAUUGGCGGCGCGGUCUCAAGGCCCGCCGGGAGGUCAUGGAAGGGGUUGGGGCAUGGUUUGUGCAAAUUGGUGACUUGAACACAGUGCAUCAUUUGUGGCAGUUUGCGAAUCUGGAGGAGCGCAAAAUCCGCCGAGAGCAAUCUUGGGGCAUUGAAGGCUGGGCCGAGACCGUGCACAAGACCGUUCCCCUCAUCCAGACCAUGCAAAGCCGCAUUCUGAUCCCGAUGCCGUGGAGUCCUGUUGGCUAA